AUGGAAAUCCGCGGAGUUGUUAUUGUAACGGGUGCUGGUAGCGGAAUUGGCCGAGCGGUCGCUCAACGGCUGGCUUCUCUAGAUGCUAAUGUGUUGAUCUGCGCCGACAUGAACCUCGAUGCCGCCAAGGAGACGGCGACUGCUUGCCGCAACAUCGAACGCCCAGGCACUCCUAAGGGCCUCGACGCAGCUGCGCAUCCGGUCGAUGUCCGCGAUGAAACCAGCGUCGACGAUUUGAUAACUCAUGUUGCCGAAACUCAUGGUCGCAUCGACGUGCUUGUCAACACCGCCGGAUUCGGGGCUGCAUAUCAAACACCCAUCCGCGACAUGCCUCUUGCCGACUGGCGCAGUCUGGACGAGGUACACAAUAUCGGCUGCUUCCUGUUGACCCGCGCCGCAUUGCGUGUCAUGGACAGGCAAGACGCUGUCGUAUUGGAUGCUACUGCCGGCGGACGGCCACCCACCAGGGGCGCGAUAGUCAUGCUGACCUCCCUGGCCUCGGAGGGCGCGUUCUUGGGGGUCGGGAAUUACAUCGCGGCGAAGCAUGCCGUGAAAGGGAUGGUACAGACGUCGGCCAUCGAGAAUGCUGCAAGGGGAAUACGGGUCAAUGCCGUUGCGCCUUCAUAUGUAUCAGGACCAAUGAUGGAUCAAUUCCUCAAGGCUUCCCCCGACGUAAAGGCAGCCAUCCUUGGUGAUCUGCCUAUGGGCAGGUUGGCCACAGUGGGCGAGGUGGCAGAUGCAGUGGCGUUUCUUGCCUCUUCUUUCUCAAGCUACGUGAAUGGGCAUACACUGGUGGUUGAUGGCGGCGGAUCUCUGGCACUCUCGAUACACCGUUUGGAAGUAGAUAUGAGUGUUAUGGACUUUUCGAUUCAUUCUAGCUUCGUUAUAUCCAUCGCACAUGACAGAGCCGCUACAUGGAGACUGGAAUACAACCAAGGAAGCACCUCCACAGCUAUACCGCCAGCCCAGGUCGGCGAUGAUCCUCUUGGACUUGUCCCUCGCAGAGACAUUCGUUACCUACCCCCCUUUGAGUUGACAGGUGCGAUGGGCAAUCCUCCAUGCGAACGAAUUGCUAUUUGGGGCGGCCACUAG